AUGUUGCAGAACGCCUUGAGUAUCGUGGAAACCUGGUCUAGAGAAUGCGGACUGAACGCCAAACCGGCUAAAACGGUCACGGUUCUCUUCACACGGAAAACAAAAAUCCCCCCAUUUCAACUUCCGACCUUAAAUGGCGUAGAGCUACUGCUCUCUGACGAAGUGAAAUACUUGGGCGUCAUCUUGGACAGGAAACUUACCUGGCAACGUAACGUAGAAGAGCGGGCCAAAAAGGCCAUUACCGCCCUCUACUCCUGCAAAACGGCUAUAGGCAAGAAAUUGGGUCUCAAACCACACAUAGUUCACUGGAUUUACACAGUAGUGGUACGUCCUAUAUUAUUCUACGGCGUCACAGUCUGGUGGACAUCACUGGAUAAAUCGCUCACAAAUUCUAAGCUUACCAAGGUUCAAAGGGCGGCAUGCAUGCUAAUCACAGGUGCACUGCUAUCCACACCCACCAAAGCUAUGGAAACACUUCUAAACUUUCUGACCGUAGACCUUUCAGGGAAGCUACAGGCGAGCUACAAUGCAGUAAGAUUAAAUGCACUGUCAAAAUGGAAAGACAUUAGAUUCGGUCAUACCAACAUCCUGACCAACUACCCCGACACAUUCAGGUCCCCAGACUAUACAACACCACCGAUGGUGCUCGAGAAUAAGUUCUCCACUCGUAUCCCUUCGAGGAAGGACUGGGAGGACGACUCGGUCUGGGGCCUCCAAAGUAACUCCACAGCCAUAUACACGUAUUGCUCUAAACUAAAUCUAAGAGUAGGGAGUGGGAUACACUUAAAGGACCUCCAACUGGAUCUCUGCUUUAGGCUACCAGACCACUGCAGUGUCUUCCAAGCGGAACUCGCGGCCGUAAAGGAGGCUGCACUCUGGCUCAUCGAUUCUUCUCUUAAUCUACCUUCGGUAACCAUAUACUGCGAUAGCCAAGCAGCUAUUAAGUCGCUGGAUUGCUGCAAGACAUCAUCUACAACUGCUUUAGAAUUUAGGAAAGUCCUUAACGAUCUAGCUUCAAAAUCUACUACUCAAAUCGUGUGA